AUGGCGGCGGGCGAGGGCGGGGCCGAGUCGCUGCCCCCGCCCUCCCCCUUCCUGCCGGGCCCCGAGCGCGCCCUGGAAGAAGCGGCGGCCUCAGGGAAGCUGAGCCUGGCGGGCCGGCACCUGAGGCACUUCCCCGGCGGAGCAGCCCGGCGCUGGGACCUCAGCGACACCACGCAGGCGGAUCUGUCCCGGAAUCGUUUUGCGGAGGUGCCGGAGGCGGCCUGCCACCUGAUGUCCUUGGAAGGGCUGACCUUGUAUCACAACUGCCUGCGCAGCAUCCCCCCAGCCAUCGCCAACCUCCAGGCCCUCACCUACCUGAACCUCAGCCGGAACCAGCUGACCUCCCUGCCUGCCUGCCUCUGCUGCUUGCCCUUGAAGGUCCUCAUUGCCAGCAACAACAAGUUGGUGAGCCUGCCCGACGACAUCGGCACUCUCCACAACCUCCGCCAGCUGGACGUCAGCAGCAACGAGCUGCAGUCCCUGCCGCUGAGCAUGGGGGGCCUGGAGUCUCUUCGGGACCUCAGCAUCCGGAGGAACCAAAUCGACAGCCUCCCUGAAGAGCUGGGCGAGCUGCCCCUGGUGCGGCUGGACUUCUCCUACAACCGGGUGGCUCGCAUCCCUGUCUGCUACCGGCACCUGCGCUACCUGCAAUGCAUCCUCCUGGAGCACAACCCCCUGCAGUCCCCGCCUGCGCAGGUAGGCAAGGCGGGGGGGGACCCCCCCCCGAGGACCGAGGGGGAGCCUGUGGGGUCUGUCCCCAACAACUCUGCUGUGCCGUCUCCUCCCAGCCUCCUGGAGGAAUUCUACCCGAUGCGGCAGUAUGGCGGCCUCGACUCAGGCUUCAACAGUGUCGACAGCGGAAGCAAGCGGUGGUCGGGAAACGAGUCGACGGACGAGUUCUCCGACCUCUCCUUCCGCAUUGCGGAGCUCGCCCGGGACCCCCGACAGCUGAAGGAGAAGCGCAACGGGGCAGCUGACGCCAGCGAGACGGAGCAGAUCGACUAUAUUGACAGCAGCAUCAAUGGCGACGAGGAGGAAGAGGAGCAGCAGAAGCCUGUGAAGGGCAGCCUCCAGAGAGCCGGUGGUGGCAGCGCGGUGGAACAGAGUCUGAGCAGCAGGGCCUCCGUGGGUGCUGCCCUGCCCAGGCCGGAGCCGUCGGGAGAGGAGCGCCGCCGCCCAGAGGUCUUGCAGUUGUGGCAGGAGAGGGAGCGCCAGCAGCAGCUGCAGCCGCCCCGAGCCCUGUGGAGCCAGGGGCCAGGGAGAGGCGGGACAGGGUUGUCCUGGCCCGAGCCAUACCCUGCGGAGCCCAGCCACACGUUGAGGCUGCGUGCUGGAUCACAGGCGCUGGAUGAGAGAGAGCUGACCGCUCAGCUGCGUAAGGCAAUCGAGUCCCACCUGAAGAUCACUCUUGCGGAGGACCUGGGCGAGGCGCUGGCCAAUGGGGUGAUCCUGUGCCAACUGAUCAACCACCUGCGCCCACGGUCGGUGCCCUUUAUCCAUGUGCCCUCACCGGCUGUGCCAAAGCUGAACGCCAUCAAAAGUCGGAAGAACGUGGAGAGCUUCCUGCAGGCCUGCCGCCACCUGGGGGUCCCAGAGGUCUCCCUCUGCUCCGCCUCUGACGUCGUCCGCGGCAACACCCACGGCUUGCUCCGCCUCCUCCUCGCACUGCCGGGCCUCGCUCCGGGGAGGGCGGUGCCUCCUGUGCCUGCCGCCCCCCUGUCGGAGCACCUGCUGGGCUUUGGCUUCUUCCAUGUCUCUCUCAUGCUGCUGCUGUAUCUCGGCUAUCGCAAGCUUUGCAGCUUCUGA